AUCGCGGAGACUUUGUCGUACGACCUAGCUGCCAAUGCGGCGCCUAGCAGUUCAUUCAAAUAAUUCUGAAAUCCAAUUAAAAAAAUUAAAAAAAAGAUACACGUUUUCAAGUCUUGUUUAUUGUCCACAAACUUCAUCAGCUGGGACUCGUUGAAGCUCGCCGGUGGACACUGGUUGGCUGGUCCACAUAAAGUCACGUUGCGUUGAGCCGCACUGACACACCUGCGGCACCUGCGGCGAAUCAACAUGGACAGCUGCAGAAAGAAGUUGAAGUUCAAGUGGCGACGGACUGCAGUCACCUCACCCACACAUCUUCAGACGAGAGAUGCUGGCUCAUACACGCCCUCACCCUUGAAUAUGUCGCCAGAUAAAGAUUCAAAAACUUUGCCCCUCUGUGACUCUCCGGGACCGGAGGGCCUCGGAGAACUUAGUCUGGAUACUCCCAAGAGAAAAGCAGAGGUCCUUGGUAAAAGCAUUCCCUCUGCACGCAAAAUUAAGCUGAGGAAGCGUUCCAGAAAAAAUAAUGAGACAUUCACAGCUAAGGAAAAACCAAUGGACAACUCAUCCACGCAGCUGGAAUCCACAGAGAGCCAGCAAGUGUCACCACUUCCAUCUCACUCUUUCAUCUUCAAAAAGAAAGCGAGGACACCCGAGGAGGGAUCCAAGGCUAUCUACAGGAUGGCAGUGAUUGCUGCUCUUGACAGUACAAAUCCAAGACGCAGCACUUCUGACAUCCCCGCGACUGAUGCUGGCAGCCUGUCUUUGCUCCUUGUACCUUCACCUGUGAAGACUGAAGUGCGCAGUCCAGUGUCAGCUGACAGAACUGUCAUAAAUAUGAACAGCUCUCUCCAGGAAGAUCGGUGGUCCCCCCCCUGGGUGUGUGAGGACACAGAAGCCCAAGGUGACAGCGUGGAUCCAAAAACCGAUGAACGGACUGUUGUGAUCGAAGACGAAGAUUCACCCAAGAGUUAUGGUGCUCAGGACUCUUCCUUUGUAAAGAGAACCUGUCAAGAUACAGAAAAUGAGACAGAAUCUGAAGACUGUGACUUGUCCCUCCCGGCUCUGGAGUAUAUCCCAGAAUCUUUGCCUUGUUUCAUGACUCCACAGAACGGCUCCGCUCACGACCUACACCACCAGAGUCCUUCAGAGAAUUCCUCCCACUCCUUUUUGUCCUCUAUGGAAACCAUUGCAGCUGAGGACAUGGAGACGCCUUUCCCACGGCCACAGAGGACAGUAUUUGUGUCCUUCAAGCAGCCACAAUCACCAAACACUGGCCCUUCAAAGGCAACCAGAGAUGAAAUGAAGAACUUCUGUUCCUCUGACGUAAAGGUCUGUUUGUCUGAUCCUUUUGCUCUACCACGAAGUUUAAAUAGAGGAGUAUCAAACCCUUUCUGGAGCUCAACAACCACACGCAGGCGGUCAGAUGUAGGCUCUAACGUCCAUUACCCCCCCUACUCUUUUACUCAUGGUGGCACUCCUAAGAGAAGGUUUUCCCAGGGGGCAGAACCUACGUGCACUGGUUACCCCUACCUGGACAGUCAGCUUGGUUUCAUAGACACACACUGCCAUGUAGAUAUGCUCUAUGCAAAGCUUGGCUUCCGCGGAACAUUCAGCAGUUUUCGAAGGCUGUACCAGAGCAGCUUUCCUUCAGAGUUUCGAGGCUGUAUUGCCGACUUCUGCAACCCAGGGAUCAUGGUGAAAGAGGCCCUGUGGGAAGGCUUGCUUAGUGAAGACAUGGUAUGGGGGGCAUUUGGGUGCCACCCCCACUUUGCCAAAGACUACUCAAGUGUCCAUGAACGCAACAUACUGAUGGCCAUGCGACAUCCAAAAGCUGUUGCAUUUGGUGAGAUGGGGCUGGACUACUCGCACAAAAACUCCACUAAGGCCUCAACGCAAAAAGAGGUGUUUGAGCGUCAGCUGCGUUUGGCUGUGGCCAUGCAGAAGCCUCUGGUGAUCCACUGCAGGGACGCAGAUGACGACCUACUGGCCACCAUGAAGAAAUGUGUUCCCCGGGACCACAAAAUUCACAGACACUGCUUUACAAACAGUUAUCCAGUGAUUGAGCCCUUCCUGGCUGAGUUCCCCAACUUGUACGUGGGCUUCACAGCCUUGAUCACGUACUCCAGAGCCACCGAGGCCCGAGAUGCUGUCCGACAGAUCCCUCUUAACCGCAUCGUGUUGGAGACGGACGCACCUUACUUCCUGCCAAGACAGGUGAAUAAAGAUGUCUGCCGGUUUUCCCAUCCUGGAAUGGGCAUCCAUACUCUGCAGGAGCUGAGUCUGUUGAAGGGAGAGGACAUGGCCACGGUCCUUGCCACAGUCCGAAACAACACCACUCAACUCUACGGAAUCUGAUCUUCAGAGAUGACGCAGAAGAAAGAGAUCUGCGUCUGUGCAGCCGGUUUGUGACACAUACACAUUUGUGGCUUUUUGUUCUGGAUUUAUCAAUCCUCCAUGUUGAGAUGUCACAAAGCAUCUUUGACAAAAUAAAAGGCAAAAAAAUUAAUAAUAAACUGACUGAAAAUGUCCUACAGAGAGGCUGUACAUUAUUGUUUACCUGAUUUAUAUUUUGCCAUUGUUCGUCACAGAAAUCAAUUACCCAGAAGUUUUCAGUUGCGUUGUUGUUGCCUUUCCUUGAUAAAUGUGUUCUGGAUGUUUGCCUUAUCUGCCCAAUGUGUAUUCUCGUCUGAUUUCUUACAGUGCAGACCUAUUAAAGGCCUUUAAUCCUG